AUGUCUACCAGAUCCUCCAUCCACGACCCGGGCGACCCCAGCCAGCCGCUGCUUUCGCAGCAGCGGCGACACACCAGCACAUUCGGCUUUAACUUGCCCUCAUUUAAUAGCGGUCGGCGCGUGUCGCCCCUAUCGGUACGGCGCGCCUCGCUGCUGGAGGUGCAUCCUCACCACGACGACGUCGAGCCAGUGCUGCCGGCCGCCCCUGUCGCUGCUCACCAUGAGACUCGUCUGCACAAACCCCAAUGGGCGCUGAGCGACAGGCCACCCAACACGUGGGCUCAAAUCCGCCACACCUGGCGCGAGGAGUUUGCCGAGUUUUGGGGUACGUUCAUGAUCCUGCUCUUCGGCGCAGGCGUAGAGUGUGAGACGCGGUUGAAUUACCGAGGGUCCGACAUCCGCGAGAACGCUGGCGAUUUCCUGCAGUGCCGUCUGGCAUGGGCAGCAGGAGUUUCGAUGGCUGUGUGGAUGUCGGGCGGUGUUUCGGGCGGCCACUGCAAUCCGACCGUGACCGUUGUGCUGGCCUUGUUCCGCGGCUUUCCCUGGCGCAAGGUGCCGGGCUUCCUGGUCGCCCAGGUGCUUGGUGCCACCCUCGCCAGUCUCGCCGUCUACCUCAAUUACUCCACCAGCAUUGCUGCAUAUGAGGGUGGCACGUCCCGCUCGCUGGUCGGCGAGCACGCCACCGCCGGCCUGUUCUUCACCUUUCCCGCCGCCGGACUGCCCUAUGCGGGUGCCUUCUACACUGAGUUCCUCGCCUCGGCCACGCUGGUCGCAAUUGUCUUCGCGCUGGCUGACAAGAACAAUCUGUCCCCGCCUAAGGGCACCCAGCCUUUCGCAAUGUUCCUGGCCCUGCUGGCUAUUGGCUCCGCUCUGGGCAUUAACACGGGCUAUGCUAUGAACGGUGCCCGUGACACUGGCCCGCGUAUCGCGUUGGCUAUCGUCGGUUAUGGCUCCGGCGUCUUCACUCACGAUUCCUUCUACUGGCUCUGGGCGCCGUGGGUUGCCGCCAUAGCCGGCGGCGUGAUGGGCGCUAGUGUAUACGAUGCCUUCAUCUAUACUGGAAGGGAUUCGCCUUUCAACAUCCCCCGGAAAGAGUAUGACGAGGCUUUGUAA